CCAGUCGGACCCUUUUAGGUGACGGCCCGUGUUUCCUUUGUGGAGUAGAAAGCGCCAAAGAGACCAAACAAAAAGAGGGAAAGUUACAUUGGGUGGCUGAGGCAGGUCCACUGCAGACCGGAUGGACAUUUGCACGCAAUGAAAGCGGAGGUGUUGAGGCUCGAUGGGGAGAAAAAAAAGCAGCAAAAUUCUGCCCUCCACGCUGGCCACCCGUCAUCUCCAUAAUGGAGAGGGAAAGAAGAAAAAAGGCCAGGAGAGAGCUUGAGUGGAUCCCCACUGUUGAGGCUUCUGCUCAAAAACGUCAGAAGAGUAGCAGGAGUAGCAGGAGGAGCAGGCCCCACACCCCUUCAGGUGGCAGGCAGACAGAGGGUGAGGACAGCAGAGCGUCUCCAUUCUGCCCUCCCCACUGGCCGCCCGUCAUCUCUGCAGCAGAGAGGGCAAACAGAAUGUGGCUUCUGAGAGAGCUUGAGAGGGCCCAGUCUGCUCAGGCCAAGAAAAGGAGGAGGAAGGGAUCUAAACCAGUUCCUGUGACCAGAUGUACAGUGUACAGGAGAAAAAAGACUGUGGAGGAAGACAACAGGAUCCUGGAGGAAGCUGGAACGGUCCAUCACCAGCAGGCCCCAGCUGGACUCCCCUGCAACCUGUGUGGACAGCCAAAGAGGCUGGAGUUUGGCCAUGCCACCUAUAAGGGCACAAGUUUCUGCUCUAACACCUCUGGCCAGAGCGCCCAUGACUGGCUGACAGAGCAGAGGAGGAAGGCUGGAGAGAAUAAGGGAAGAGGCAUCCCAAAAAGCACAGCCUGGAACAUGAAGAGGAGAAGGCAAAAGGAACAGGAGGCUGAGGAGCUGGGAAUUAGCUUGAAAGAAAGAAAGAGGCCUGGCUACCAAAUAUGCCAGCUGUGUGGCCAUCAAUAAUCAAAAACAUACUAAUUAUAAACUUAAUGUCCCUGUUCAGCCCGCCAC